UUUGCAGCAUUUUUUCUUUUGCAUUUGUUUUUGAUCUUGCAGCAUUUUCCCAUCGCACUGGUGUUUUUUGGGUCAGUCCUGUGUUGUUUCUGUGUGUUUGCCUGUAUCAGCCACUGUAAUAAAUACUGGCCCAUGACAGGCUGCAUGUGUUGCUCUUGAGAUGUCAUUUCCACACUAUUCUCCGCCCUCACCAGGACAACUGCAUAGCCAAUGUGCACUAUCCAGUGGCCCUGUUGCACUUUGGCAGCACAUGGGGGGUUGGCAUGAGGUGUGUGCUGUCAGCUGCCUAGCAGAGGCAGCCCCUAGGCCUACUAUUGAAGAGUUUCUGCAUUGUUGUCAUUCCUGCUGGGGGUCGCUGAUAGCGGCACUGAAAGAUGGCAGGAGGAAUUCUCAGCAAUUUGGACAGUCUGUGUAAUGUGGACUGCGCUAACGUCCACCCCCUGGUGUGUCACCUGUGCCACGAGCAGUACCAGUCCCCUUGUCUGCUGGACUGCUACCACAUCUUCUGUGCCCGCUGCUUACUGGGCCGGACCAAUGACAGCCGACUCAGCUGCCCCCUCUGCGGAUACCUGUCCAUCAUAAAGGGAAACAAUGGCCUCCCGCCAGAGGACCGUCUGCUCAAGUUCCUGGUGGACAACAACGCAGACACAGACGAGCCGGUGCAGUGUGCCAAUUGUGACCAAGAGAGCAACAAAAAGGACACAGGUGUGAUGUUCUACUGUAACACCUGUAACCAGCCUCUGUGCUGCGCUUGCAGGGAGCUCACGCACAAGGCCCGAAUGUUCUCCCACCAUGACAUCGUCUCGCUGGCCAAACGUACUAAAGCCAAACACAGGAAGUGCGCGCUUCACGAGGAGCCAUACAUCCUCUUUUCCACUGAGAACAAGUCCAUGCUUUGCAUCAAGUGCUUCCGAGACAUGCAAGUAGAGAGUCGCACUCACUGCAUUGAUAUUGAGACGGCCUACGUGCAAGGAUGCGAGAUGUUGGACCAGGCUGUGCUGGUGGUGAAGGAGCUGCAAACGUCCACUCGGGAAGCGAUCUUUCUGCUGAGGUCCAUGAUAGGAGAAGUGUGUUUGAAUGUGGAGGAGGAGGAGAGCGCCAUUUGCUCUCUGUUCAACAGUCUGCAGGAAAAAUUGGCUGAGAGGAAGAAGAUUCUGCUGAAAGCUGCUCAGAGCCAGCAUGAGGAGAAGGAGAAAGCAUUAAAGGAGCAGCUCUCGCACCUCACAUCACUCCUGCCAACACUCCAGGUUCACCUGGUCACCUGCUCUGCCUUCCUCAGCUCAGCCAACAUGUUUGAGUUUUUGGACAUGGGCUACCAACUGAUGGAGCGACUGAAGAGGAUUGUCAAGCUUCCUCAUCGCCUCAGACCAGUGCAAAGUAGCAAAAUUAACACAGACUACCGCAGCGAGUUUGCCCGUUGUCUGGAGCCAUUGCUGCUGAUUGGACAGCGCUGCGCCCCUUCUGUCACCGGCUCCUCCAGCAUCGUCACAAGGCUGCAGUCGCCUCUGUCCAUGUCUUGCCGCUCCCUGUCUCUCAGUGAGAUGCCGCUCGGCUCUGUUUUCGGGCGGAGGCCCACGUCUCACCGCAACAUCUGCACCAAGGUCCUCCUGGCUGAGGGGCGGGAGACGCCUUUCACCAAGCACUGUAACAACUACGAGAACAGCUACAGGACUCUGCAGACAGAGAUACAGAACCUGAAGGACCAGGUCCAGGAGCUGCACAGAGACCUCACCAAGCAUCACUCCAUCAUCAACACGGACCAAAUGGGUGAAAUCUUGGACCGAUCGCUGCACAUCGACAGCCAGAUAGCCUCCCAGUACUCCACAGUGGAAACCAUGAGAGCCAUGUUUGAAGAGAUCUGGGACGAGACUUUUCAGAGGGUCACCAAUGAGCAGGAGAUCUAUGAAGCCCAGCUUCAUGAUCUGAUGCAAUUGAAGCAGGAGAACUCAUACCUUACCACCAUCGCCAGGCAGAUCAGCCCUUACAUCCUGUCCAUUGCCAAGGUCAAAGAGAGACUGGAGCCCAGGUUCCAGGAGCCCAAAGAGCACCGUGACGACCGCACAGAAACAAUGUUGAAGAUUUACGAAGACAGCACAAUGGCAACAGAGAGACAAGACAGUGAGAAGCAGACAUGCGUGACAGAACAAGACAGAGACAAGAACAACCAUCCUGUCGUGCUGUAGCCCCGCCCGUGUAAAAAACUAUGAUCUGAUUUCCCUGCCCCUCAUGAUGCCGAUGGAAAGCCCAGAUGCCUUGACGCUGUGUGACCUAGAACCUCUAUGUGACUGAGCAGGGUGGCCAGUGGGGCAAGGGGGUGGGAAGCUGUCAGCGGCUCAGUGGGUGUGAAACCUUUGGGUGUCGGUGCUAAGUGGAUGUGCAGACAUGGAGGUCAGGCUGCUGUCAGGACUUCACAUGGACCCACCGUGAAGAGUCGCCGCUCUUUAAGGCCCACGUGUUAAUAAUACGGAGGUUGUGGCGUCUUUCACACAGAGACGAGCCACCAUUUAUCCACCUGUGCUUUUUAAACGUCACACACCAAAUCAGGAUAUUUCUAUAAGACGAUGACGUGACAUCAACUCAACUAAAAUACGACAGUGACAAUUGCUUUCAACACAACAGGGUGGGUUAAGCGAGUGUCAGGUGUUAACCAGGCAUUGACAGAUAGUGUGCCGUCUACAUUACAGCUGUUACUAACCCCAAAGCCGGUACUGUAGUUUGGAUCGGAUUCCAAAGUGAAAUACAGUCGAACCUCUGUUUUCAUCAUUAAUCCAGAUUUCAAAUGGUCAGACGAAAACCCAAUUGUACAAAAACCCCAUAAGAAAUCAUGUUAAUAUAUUUACUUAUAUUAUAUUGAAAUAUUAACACAAACAAUUGAAAAAAAAGGAACAUCUAACAUCACUUCACUUUUACCCAACACAGAGAUGAAUGGAGGGAGGGGGGGACGUAGCAGAAGAGAAACGCAGACGCCGCUUCAUGCUAGUCCCUUAUAAGCUCAACUUUAACGAGCGGACGGUUAAAGCUGUAUACUUGCUCAAGUCAACUUUAUGUAAACUUCAGCAGCAGGUACAAUCAUUAUUACACACACUGGCCUGGCAGGGUCUCACUUAAACAGUUUCCCCUGGAAUCUGUUUACUAGGAACCUCUCCAUUACAAGCCUAUUAUAACAGAUGCUAUUUUUGUACACUGCUAUGGUUUCUUUCUUGAAUUCAAUAGUGUGCCACUUGCAACUGUGUUUGGCGUCGUACUGGCUUAUUUUGCAGCCGUACUCAAUAACAAAGCACAGACUGACACUCAGAAAUGCGCAGUGCGCUUCAUCAGCACAGGUAACGCAGUGCUUAUUAGGAAGAAAAAAGGAGACAGUUGUUCAAUAAAGCACCCGCACCCAUGAUAAAGAUGAUGAAAGGAAUCUGUCUAUAUAGUGUCCAAACUCCAAAAGUACCACUAUCCGUUCUUCACAGGGACGGUGCUUUCUUUUAGCACUCGAUUCCGCAGAAUAACACGCGCAAACAGACUGGUUUGUUAGGUGCACUGAGAGGGUGUACAAAAAAAAAGACAUUUUUGGCAAUAAUUUGUCAAAUACUGGGUCAUAUACAAAAACUGAUGUUUCAUUGCAGAUUUAAUCUGUUCUAGGGUCAACCUGUUUUUCUUCGUAGAGGUUCCUACAGCCAGUCUACGUGCAAAAAAUGCAAGAAAUGCACAGAGGGCGCAUGUGACGUGCUCAUUUUCGAGCCAUAGACUGGCCGCAGAGGUUCUUCGUCAUGUCAAACAAACUCUUUUCAGGUUCCAAGACAAACUUACGCACUUCGUGUGUUGUCCAUGCGGCCAAAGUGUGUCUUUCGUACGUUUUGCUGGUGUCAAGUUUGGGCAAAAUGUCAGUUUUUUCGUACGUCGUACUUGUGGACUCCUAUGUGGGUCAUGCGCACCACACGUGCACCCCACACACGUAAUUAGUGCAGUGGACGCCCGUUAAGAUAUUUCAUACGUCCUCCGUGUGUGUCGAGAUUUUACUCCUCCAUGGUCAUCACAACUACGUUCUCCACAACCCCCCCAAAAAAUGGUGCGUCCGGUUGUGACCUAGGCUUUAGCAUAAAUCUAAGGGCAAAAACCAGACCACGUUUUCCUCCUAAUCGCCACACUUGUUUCGUUUUUUUUUUUUUGUUGGACUGUUGAGCCGUAAGUUUCUCGAAAUUUUGGAUUCUUCAACCGCUGCAGCACUCUAGAAGCGCUUUUUGUCUACUUUGUUGGCUUUUGUUUUUUGUGUUCUUCGGCAUGUACAUGGAAAGUAUUGAAUGUGUAUGACGUGUGGAAAGCGUUGAUUCUCUGUGGCUGGGGUCAUGUAUGUUGUAUACGUAAUUAUCCUAAGCGUGAUCGUAUGUCUCAUCAUUGGAUGACAACAAGCAGGUACAGCUUCACUCAUAUCUAAAAAAAAUACUGGCUUAACAAAAAAAAUAAUGCAGUUUUUAUAUUCUGCACUCUAUACAGUCUAUUGUAAUCGCACCGGGGAGAGAGGACAAUGUCGUUUUGAUGCUGUGCCUUGGAUACAUGACUCUUGAAAUAAAUCAUAGCCACCGACAACGUCUAGUAUAAUUACGUAUGAGAACAGAUGCUCCGCCUUAUUUUACAGCGUACGUCUGCUUUAACCAAUGAAUGCAAAAAAUCUAUUCCAAAUUACACAAGUUAAUGUCACUAGUGUCAUUAUUUUGUCAGUUUUGGACACAAGUCGAAUCUAAAGACAUUUUUAUCCUGAAACAAUGUAUUUAAUUAAGUGGCGAUAAUAGAAGUCGUUUUGCAAGGGAAUAAAAAGGUCCAGUUUUUAAUAACCCUAAACAAUUUGCAUUUGGACAAACAUUAAAAAUGGAUUUGAAUGUAUACAUUCAUAUAUUAAAAAAACAGGUAGCUUUAACUGUAGCGGGUGCACUGCACUUGUGUCAAGACAACGUGAGCUCCAGUCACCUUCAUAUCUCACCCAAGAUAUUUGAAAUUUACUUCUCAGGGAGGAAAAAAAACAGUGUUUUUGUAGAACAACAAUGCGGUCCUGACUGAUGGAAGGAAUAGCUUAUUUACAUUUCAUUGAUGUGAGCUAAAGUUGGGAAAAAAUGGAGUCCUAGUUUGGCCUCAGGCAAGCGCCGUGCUCCGCAGAGAAGGUCCGAGGUGUGCAUUCAUUAAAAAUACAUUUGUGACAGCCUGGUAACAAAUGACUGUGCCUGCUCCCUGCUCCUGCACCUCCCCGAGGUCGUUCAUCAUCGCAGGCCAACAAUCCGCCUGCUCGCUCUUCAUUAUUCCCCCACCUGAAGUCUGACUGGGAAGGUUAUUCCAAGUUAUUUUUGUCGGCCACGGCACAUUCGGAGGGUUGUUGUUUUUUUGUGAGAAUAGCACAUAAGACUUUUGGAGACGAAGCAGCCACACUGCAAGCUCUAAUCACGUAAUUGAGCAUUAAAGAUGGAGGAGAGUUAAAAUGAAAGUUUAAUGAUCUUCAUGGGGGAAUUUGGGUCACUGAGGAAAUAGAAGAUUCACAUUUAAAAAAGGAUACAAUUAGCGUAAAUAGAGCAGAUUUAGAGGGGGGGAAACACAUAUGGUUUUAUAAUGAGGAUGAGAGGACCUGCACUUUAUUUUUUAAUCACUUUGAAAUGUAUUUUUUAGCUGAAUUGUAUUAGCAUGCUUUCAUGUGAUUUAAUGUAUCUCCAUUCUUUAUUAUACCACGUUAUUUUGUUGCAGCCUCAAGCAGACAGUUUGGUUGGUGCCUGCGGCCUGCAAUCCAAUUUGGAAUCCAUUUUGAUGCCAUCAUCACCAGUGAUGCAUGAGGCUGCAGUUUGAAAAGGUCAAGGGUCGAUGGCGUUUACCCCCUUCCUUUAUAGACCCUGCUGAUGUGCAGUUCGCUCCAGACGGGAGGUGAAGGUCGGGUCAGAUGAUGUUUAUUAGACCAGAUAUGAUUCUCUCACUUCAUCAGAGUCAUGUAGGUCAAGUCAAUAUCUUCUUUUAUCGUUAGUCACCGCCCUCGUGCCGUUCAUAAAAGUAAGUCAAGGAUGUUAUUUUGACCCCAAGCGACCUCUAAAGCCACCCCACUGAGGGGCUUUUUGGUUCAUAUUUUGAGUGUCUCUUUACUUUAGCAGGUAAAGCUACGUUUUUGUCAGCAAAACCGAACGUUUAAAUACCAUCUUAAUGUGUGCGCAACUUGUGCGCUGAACUGAUACUUUUGUACUUUUUGUACAACCCGCAACACAAUGUAGAAACGGGUGUAUUUACUAUUUAGUCAUUGGGGCACUCCGCUUCCUUUAUGUAAUUUCGGCCACUUUUUUUCCCUGCUUUUGAAAUCUUAGUUAUCUGUCAGCUUAAGUUGCUAGUUACAUAGCCAUGGUUUUAUCGAAAAUCUCGAGGGAUUUUUAUGACCUAUCCAGUGAAUCAUCUAAUCGCUUGUACUGUAAUUGAUAAGAACAUUAAGUGACAUUUAAUGUAGUUUACCGCUUUAUACACACGUUUGUGGUGAAAAUCGUCACUCUCAGCUUCAUCUACUGCGUUCUCCUCGGCUGACGCCGAGUAGCGGCGCUGCUGUCCUUGUGUCUACGUUUGCUGUGACUGAAAAAGGUGGACGCCUUCGGUAGUUUUUAUAAAAACCGUUUUCCACUUGGCUUCUCCUCUUCUCCGUUCCACUGGGGUAACUUCGCUAACGGCUUUGUUUCGCUCCAUUCUUCCGGAAUCCAUCUGUAACAUGGAAUAGUCCAUUGCAUAAAGCAGUUUAAACGCUUAUGAAAGAUUGCGCAAUUUGAUGUAAUUUUAAGCGCAUGAAGACUAAAACAGUAAUACGUACUUUAAAAAUUGAAGAUAGAUUUUCAUGAGAUGUUUGGGGGGCCCCCAAAUCGCCUGUGUUUGCCUAAUGGUAAGCCUGCCCCUGUGUAGAAAUAAAAUUAAACCAAAAAAUUGGAAAAAUAGAGCAAAAAGCCAGAAUGUGAAGCCAAAAAGCUGAAAUGUUGCUACUAAUAACUAAUAAUAACACAAAGCUUUGUCUUGAAAUAGAUGCACACAUUGUCUGUUCUGCUAUGAUAGCAUAUAGCGCCACCCCAGGAUUCAAAGACAUAGCGCAGGUGCGAUCAAUAAAGUCUUUUCAUCCAGGGAAAAAAGAGGGACGCUCUCACAAACACGUCAGUCACAAAAUACAAAAAUCCAAGAAUGUAAAGGCUGGUUAUAGAGCCCAGCUAGACGCUCACCAAAACGCAAUAAGCAAGCAGGGCGGGGAAAGUCCACGGCAAAUGCAGCAAAUCCACACGAGUCCCAACUGAACUAAAUAGCAGCCUGAUUAGCAAUCACCAACAGGUGCUCCUGCCAGCCGUGACCAGCAGUAGCAAAGUCGCUGCACAUGACCCCGAAACAGGAAACAGAAAACCAAAUUAAGAGCACCAAACCGUAAACAAUGUAAAAACAGAGAGAAAACGAAAUUUAAGUCAUGUGGAACAUGAUAGAUAACAUUUUUGUAGCCUUUUUACAAAAUAAAAAAUAAAAAAAAUCAAACAAAAGAUGAAAAAGCAUUAACAGACCCAAAUACAGUAAGUACAUACGUACAUGUAUUGUUAUCGGUAAAGAUGUACAGUCAAAUAAGAAGACAAUUAGGCCACAUGGGGGUGAUUGAUGGUCAAUGCCAACAUGUGUCCUACUCACUGAAAAAGAUCAUUCAAACAAAGCCAGUGGUUGCCCAGUACUUGUACACAGUACAUUAUGAAAUAUAAAUGCAAUCAAUAGUCAUGCAA